ACAAGCAGACUCCUUCGCAGCGGUCAACGAAGGAGUCUAACCUACAUGACGCUCAGCGAAUAGAAGCCAGACGACGAAUUUAAAGCUCUCCUAAUUGCUAUCAUGGUCCCGUCGUGCCUAAUAUGAUUGCGUUACAAGUAACGUGAUUGCGUUACAAGUAAAACGAGACCACAUGUGUGUUGAUGCGUUACCGAUACACUGCUCGUGAGCCAUGGCUUUAUACAGAGAUCGAGCCGUACCGUCACCGACAAAAGAAACCGUAAAACAGCUUUCUGAUAAGCUAGGAUUUCAGCUAGAUGAUUCCGCAAUAGCCGACUACCAAGAGGCCCUGAGUCGAUGCUUGGAAGAUUUUGACAAGAUUCUCGAUAUCCCCGAUUGCAAGCUUCCGGUGAAAUAUCCUCGGACGCCCGGAUAUCGCCCGACGCGUGAAGAGAACUCGCACAACGCAUGGUUCUGGAAAUGCGAAAUAAAUGGAGCAGCGCUCGGUAAACUUCGAGGAAAAAGAAUCGUCAUCAAGGACAACAUCUGUGUCGCUGGGAUCCCUAUGUCGAUGGGCUCACACAGCCUACCGGGUUAUGUCCCAGACGAGGACGCCACUGUAGUCACCAGGGUCCUUGACGCUGGAGGGACUAUAGUCGGUAAGGCGGUCUGCGAGGAGCUGAGCAUCAGUGGAAGUAGUUUUACUGCAGCAACGGGGCCUGUCAUGAAUCCGCUGGACAACCGCAGGGAGACUGGGGGCUCAUCCUCUGGUUGCGGUGCUCUUUUGGCUUCUGGAGAAGUCGACAUGGCUAUAGGAGGUGACCAGGGCGGGUCCGUGCGGCACCCCUCCAGCAGGUGCGGGCUGGUGGGGCUGAAGCCCACGUAUGGCCUGGUGCCCUAUACCGGGGCGUGCCCCUGUGAGGUCUCCCUUGAUCAUCUAGGACCGAUGGCGAGGAGCGUCAAGGACGUGUCGCUUCUCCUGGAGGUGAUCGCGGGAUAUGACGAGGGCCGUGACGUUAGACAGUCUCAGCUUCACAGACAUGGACAACUUAGUUAUUCCCAACUGCUUAAUGGCGACAUCAGUGGCAUUCGAAUCGGCCUAUUGCGUGAAGGAUUCGGGCACCAAAAUUCGGAAGAGGACGUGGAUCGAAUCGUAAAGGAGGCAUCUAUUCGCCUGGCGGAGCGGACAGGUCACGAGGUGGUGGGCAUAUCGGUGCCGAUGCACCUUCAAGGGUCAGCCCUCUUGACAGCGAUCAGCUGUAUUGGGGGAAGGAGAGUAUUGCAUGACGGCAAUGGGUUUGGUAUGAGCGCAAAAGGCCAUUACUCCACCUCACUUCACCAUGCUCUAAGCAAUGGAAUGAGACCUGGCAGGAACUCGCUAAGCUCCGAGGUGAAACUUGGCGUGCUGUUGGGUGAAUAUCUGCACGAGUCUUCCCGUGAUGUGUAUUACAGCAAAGCGCAGAACCUCGCCAUGAAACUGGGCAGGGAUUACGAUGACGCGCUUACCAAGGCAGACGUGCUCGUUAUGCCGACAAACCCCAUGAAAGCCAGGUUGCUUCCGACAAAAGAGACGUCAGUGAAAGAUCUUUUAGGGAAGUACGGUGGACAUAACAUCAACACCUGUCCCUUCGACCUGACGGGCCACCCCGCAUUAUCUAUCAAUGCAGGGUUAUCUGAUGGGUUGCCUGUGGGGCUAAUGAUAGUGGGCAAGAAAUACGACGAAGAGACUAUCCUCAGGGUGGCAUAUGCAUUCGAGAGCAUUAGAGAUAAAACCCUACCACAAUAAGGCUUAUAUUCAGACUGGAAACUUCCAAGGGGCAUCUCGGCGAGGAUCAACUAAAUCUUAUAUUGUGUGUAUAACUCUCCGAAUAAUCAAGCCAUGGCCUAAUUAGACCCGGAGGCAGACGGUUAGCCGCAGCUAAGGUUUAGCGGGCACAGAACUGAUGUAUAACUUUGCAUGAUCGAUUCCAUAUUAUGGACAGAUAUCUAAAUAUACCUGACCGCAUUUAUCGAAGGAAAGAUUACAAAUGGCAAGUGUUCAUAAACGCUUUAGUUGUGCUCGCUUGGAUUCACCCUUGCGAAUUUCCUGUACUUUUUUGUGGCCUUUGGUCUCUGUCUAGGCAAAACCACGAAUGCAAGAAAAAACUAUUAAAAAAUGAUAUAAAUGCUA